GUCACACAUUUUCACUGACGUUAUCACUCUUCGACAGUUUAUGCGACGCACACAGCAAUGGCGAGCGGUAAAAAGAGUGUUUUGCUUUCCUCUUUGGCAGACUAUGGAGACGAUUCCGAGCCUGACUCUGACCCCGAACCAGAACCAGAAGAGACCGGGGGGCGUGUAGGUGGUCUGGUAGGUGGUCUGGUGUACAGCUAUGGGGACGAUGACCUGAACCGAACUGAGGAUGCCGAUGACAAAGUGUCUGGAGAUGAAGAAAGCAGAGAGAGCAACUCGGAACUGGAAGAAUCGGACGAGGGGAGGGACGCAGAGGAUGUCGAGAUCUCAGAAGUAGAAAGAAAAGACCCCAAUGAGCUUGUUGCUCUGUUCUCGGAGAAAGUGAGGAACAUGUCCCCCAACGCCAUCAGGAUCCCCCCCGAGCCCCCCGGACGCUGCUCGAGCCAACUACAGGACAAGAUCCACAAGCUGUACGAGAGGAAGCUCCAGGGAGACUUUGACACAAACAGCCACAUCCAGAAAAAGAAAGAAUUCAGAAACCCAAGUAUUUACGAGAAACUCAUUCAGUUCUGCAGUAUCGACGAACUGGGAACAAACUACCCAAAAGAUAUGUUUGAUCCCCAUGGCUGGUCCGAGGACUCGUACUACGAAUCUCUGGCCAAAGCCCAGAAAGUGGAGAUGGACAAACUGGAGAAAGCCAAGAAGGAGCGGACCAAGCACUUUUCUGCUGUUUUGUGUGUUUCACAGAUUGAGUUUGUCACGGGGACGAAGAAGGGCACCAACCCCUCCAGCACGGCAGCCUCCACCGCCAGCAGCAACAGCACCACCACGGCCACAGCAGAGGCCCAGAAGAGGAAAAGCAAAUGGGACUCUGCGAUCCCCGUGACCCUCGCCCAGCCCACCGUCAUCACCACCAACUCGAGCCUGCCUGCUGUCGUCUCCGUGACAACCACCGCCAGCGGCACCAAGACCACGGUCAUCUCCGCAGUGGGCACCAUCCUAAAGAAGGCAAAGCAGUGAUUUGACUAUAAGAGUGACAGGAAGCUGGAAGACCUGUGUUGUCCUGUGCUCAUUAUUUAUGUGAGCAGAAGCAGGAAGAGGGCAAAUCCACCGAUGGACACUCGUACUUUUAAACCAACGACGCAUCCGACGCUCUCUGGGAUCUGCACCGUGAAGCCAAAUCCACAGUCUGGGAUAAAACACUGAUAUCGAUCCUCUGAAAAGUGUGAUGCAUGCGUUUUUGUAUGUUUGCAACAGUUGUUAGUAUGAAACCGUUGUAGAGAACAAGAGCUGAGAAAUAUCUGGAAGUGUUUAUUUUUCUAUCCAUAGUUUUGGUUCAGCGUCUUCAAGCCUCCUUUAGCAGUUUUGUGCGUUAAAACUCGACUUGUGCAUAAUUUUCUCAAGCAUUUGUUUUCCACCGUUGACAUUGACCGACCUGAAGGUGAGACUUUUUUUACACUUGUACAUAAUGUAUGAUAAGGUGAAUAAAUGGAUCGAAUGUUGCCUUUUCA